GUCGGUCAGUCGACAGAAUGCAACGUUGGCGCAACAAAGUGGCCGUGGUUAGCGGCGCCAGCGCUGGCAUUGGUGCUGCCUGUGCCCGGGCCUUGGUCGGUGCCGGUCUGGUGGUCGUUGGCCUGGCCCGACGCCAGGAGCGCAUUGAGGAGAUGCGUGCAAAGCUGCCGCCAGCCGAACAACGGCGCCUACAUGCUCGACAUUGCGAUAUAACGCGCGAAUCAGAGGUGCUAGCUGCGUUCGACUGGACGCAGCGAGAGCUGGGCGGCGUUCACGUGCUGGUCAACAAUGCGGGCAUCAUUGCGACCGCGGAGCUUAGUGGGGAGGGCAAUACUCAAGCGGUACGCGACACCAUCGAAACGAAUCUAAUGGGCAGUGUGUAUUGCAUACGCGAGGCAUUUCAAGCGAUGCGUCGACAGGAGCAACAGCAGCCCGCUGCUGAGGGCCACGUGAUCAUUGUGAAUAGCGUUGCAGGGCAGCAGGUGCCAAAUCUGGGACCCCAGCUGCCGUCGCUCAACGUUUAUCCGGCGAGCAAGUUCGCGCUGCGUGCCAUGCAGGAGAUCUAUCGCCAGGAGUUUCAGCGCCACCAAACGCACGUCCGGGUCUCGACCAUAAGCCCCGGCAUUGUUGACACGGACAUUCUGCCCGAGCAGAUACAGGGCGUUAUUAAGCCACACAUGCCGAUGCUGCGCUCAGAGGAUGUAGCCGACGCCAUACUUUGGACCAUUGGCACUCCAUCCAAUGUGCAGGUACAAAACAUUACCAUCAAGCCGCAAGGAGAAAAGUUUUAAUCUGCAUUUCUAAUAUUAAAGACAGAUUUAU